CGUUUGCUCUUCCGCCGGCCUCGAGUCCAUUCUUCUUCCUCUUCUUCUCCUCCCGUUAAUUCUUUGAUCCCCUAGCUUGUCGACACUAGUGCCUUGGCACGAUCCACCAAGAAACAAAAAAGCCGGACUCCGACAUCAUGGUUCCCCAGCAUUCCUCAGCUUGGCCCGCUCUCCGUCUGCGGAACGUCCCCCACCUCUAUGUGCGUGCUCGGUUGGCCGGCGUCGGCGGUGUUCGACUCGGUCCAAAGAAAGGUUCUUGAAGCACCGAGCAUUGGACGCCCGCAUCCGAUCCUGAUCAAUGGCCCGAGGACACACGCUUCUAGAACUCUAGAUGGGCUAUGGACUCAAGUCAUGACGGAGGGCAAGUAUCCUAACAAGAUCCACAAUGAAAAAGAAUUAUCCGUACUUUGUGACGAGAGACUGACAAACACCGCUUGUGACAUGGUGUUAAUUAGUAAUUGGCCUGCUUCUCUAAAACCAAUCCCGCCACCUCUCACCAGUGCUUGGGUUGCAGUAAUCAUGUCAUCAUCUGAUGGAUCAUGUGUCAAUGAAAACGCCCUCCUUGAAUGUAACAAACUCGCCGGAUUUACUUUGCCGCCCCGGAGGUCGAACCCUACAUUAUGCAUACGACACCUUCUCACCACCUGAAUCUUCCUUCUUUUCAGACGAACCCGACACACCGGCUAUCCCCGGCAGCCAAGGCGAUCCCCAGUAACUCUGAAGAACUGACGUUUGUGGGCUUCAUUUACUCCACCGUAUUAAGCCAUUUCGGCACAGGAUCCGGUCUUCUCUGAGCCGCUGCACCCCUGCUCUGUAUCCUUCCGGGUCCAGUCUUCUCGUCUUUCAUCUUAUC